AUGAGGAGAAGAAUCAGCUGCUCUUCCUCCUCCGCUCUAUUCUCCUUCUUCUUCCUCCUCAGCUGGCCUGCCUGCUCCGUCUCCAGUGGGGAAGACACCUUAUCCCCUGAUCGGCCUCUCCUCGAUGACGGAGCAACCGCUUUGGUUUCCUCCGGCGGCAGAUUCCGGUUGGGCUUCUUCAGCCCCAACGGUUCCACCAACCGCUACGUCGGCAUAUGGUACAACAAAAUCUCCAUCCAAACAGUCGUGUGGGUCGCCAACCGUCGACAGCCAAUCGCCACCCUCUCCGGCAACCUCUCUUUGACCAACAACGGUACACUCAUCAUCACCGGCGAAGACAAUUCCACCGCCAUCUGGUCUUCCGGGUCGCCAGCCUCAGGCCUCAGGAAUCCAGUCGCACGGAUCCUCGACGAUGGCAACUUCGUCGUCGUCGAAGAGGCCGGCAGCAACGACGACGACCCUAACAGCUUCGCAUGGCAGAGCUUCGACUUCCCGUCGGACACGUUCUUGCCGGGCAUGGUGCUGAGGCAGAAGCAGCUCCGCACAGGGGCCAUCCUCAACAUCAAUUUCACGGCCUGGAUGAGCUCCACGGACCCCGCUCCAGGCCAAUACACCCUCGGAUUAAACGUGCAAGGCGACCCCCAAGUAUUCAUCUGGAGAGGGACCCAACCCUUCUGGCGCGGAGGCCCAUGGAACGGCCGCUGGUUCAGUGGCAUCCCAGAGGUGGCGGAGAACGCUAGCUGGCUCAUAAACGUCAACGUGGAACAAAAUAUUAAUCAAAUCUCCUACUCGGCCAUCAACCAGUCUUCAGUUAUAGUGAGGGAGAUCAUGGACUCCUCAGGCCAUAUCCAAAUCCUCGUGUGGAUCGAGGCUGAGCAGCGCUGGAGUGUCUGUUGGGACAUACCCAAGGACCCGUGCGAUCUAAUGUCCUCGUGCGGCCCCAACACUUACUGCAGCUCCAACACCUCGCCGCAGUGCGCAUGCUUGCCGGCUUUUCAUCCAAGGAACCAACGUAAUUGGGAUUUGUGGGACUGGUCAGACGGCUGCACGAGGACGACGCCCUUGGACUGUCAGAAUAAUACCGAUGGAUUCUUCACACUGAGUGGCACCAAACUGCCCGACACGUCCAGAUCGACAGUCAAUGCGAACUUGAGUUUGGUGGAGUGCAGGGCUCUGUGCUUCAGCAACUGCUCGUGCAGAGCAUAUGCUCCAUCCAACAUAAGUGGAAUUGAAAGUGGCUGCUUGAUCUGGACAGAUGAUCUCACUGAUAUCAAAGUGUAUCGGAGUGGUCUGGGACAGGAUCUUUAUGUCAGAUUGGCAGCGGCAGAUUUAGCAUCAGCAAUAUCUGAAGCUUUACGCAGUCAUUCUAAUCGUAAUAUCUUAAUGAUCGUGCUUCUUCCUCUGGCAAUUCUGUUCCUUGCUUCUGUUGCUUACUCCAUCUGGAGGUGGAAGAAGAGAAGUUCUCAUAUUGACUAUGAAGCAGAAGAAAAGGACAUGGAAUUGCCAUUGUUUGACUUGAAUACGAUUAAAGAUGCCACCGAUGGCUUCUCAACAUACAACAAACUUGGUCAAGGAGGCUUUGGCCCUGUAUACAAGGGUAAAUUGGGGGAGGAUCAACAAAUAGCAGUGAAAAGAUUAUCUAAGACAUCGUCGCAAGGAGUCGAUGAGUUCAAAAAUGAGAUCACAUUGAUCGCGAAACUGCAGCACCGAAAUCUUGUUAAGCUUCUUGGCUGUUGCAUCCAAGGAGGAGAAAGACUCUUGAUCUAUGAAUACAUGUUCAAUGGAAGCUUGGACACAUUCCUAUUUGGUGAAGCUCAAACUGUAUUACUGGAUUGGAGAGCGAGGUACAACAUCAUUCUCGGUGUCGCUCGAGGUCUACUUUAUCUUCACCAUGAUUCAAGAUUAAGGAUCGUUCAUAGGGAUCUUAAAGCUAGCAAUAUUCUACUUGACAAAGAUAUGAAUCCCAAAAUAUCGGAUUUUGGUAUGGCUAGGAUAUUUGGAGGAGAAGAAUCUGAAUCAAUUACCAAGAGAGUCGUCGGAACCUAUGGCUACAUGUCUCCCGAAUAUAUCAUUAAUGGUAUUUUUUCAAUAAAAUCCGAUGUAUUUAGUUUUGGAGUAAUAGUACUUGAGAUAAUAAGUGGUAAAAGGAACAGAGAUGCUGACCAAUCAAUGGAACAAUUGAAUCUUCUAGGAAAUCUGUGGAUCAAGUGGAAAGAAGGAAAAUACAUAGAUUUAGUUGACAAAAAUUUCAGCCACCUGUUAUCCGAAAAUCAAAUACUAAGGUGCAUAAAAGUUGGACUUUUAUGUGUCCAAAAGAAACCAGAAGAUAGACCAACAAUGUCUUCGGUAUUAGCAAUGUUGGUAAGUGUCGAUAAUAUUUCUCUCCUACCAGAACCUAAACAACCAGGCUUUUUUAUUGCAAGACCAUCAUCUGUAAGCUCAGAUGUCAAUAUUCGAGAGUUAGAGUCCGUGAACCAAGUAUCGAUCACUGAAAUUGCUGGUCGAUAGGAACUGAAUGAUGAAAGUCCAUGUAACACACAUAUAAAGGAAA